GUGUGUGUGUGUGUGUGUGUGUCUCUGUCUUCAGUUCCAUGUCAGCUGAUCCGUCUCAGAACAUCUACUCAGAGUUUGAUGAAGACUUUGAUGAAGAUGUGGAGACUCCUAUAGGAAAGGCUACUGCCCUCUACACCUUCCAAGGGUCCAGUCAGGGGACAGUGUCUAUAACAGAAGGCGAGCAGCUCAGUGUGAUGGAGAGUGAUAAAGGAGAUGGAUGGAUGAGGAUUCUACGAGCCAACGGAGACGAAGGAUACAUCCCCUCAUCCUACGUCAAAUUCUAGACAAUAACACACACAUGCACACACACACACACACACAUGGAUACACCGAUUUAACA